AUGGGGUGCAAAGCCCUGCAUCCCCCAGACUACAUCCCCCAGCUCCCUGCAGCCCCAGGGCUCCUCUGCUUCAGCCACAGGCUCCAGGGGCUUCGAGAAAUGGCCAAUGGUGUAUAUGUGAGCCCACGGGGCUACAAGCAUGCAUGGGUGCCUGUGUGCAGAUGGGCGGUGCUGGCUGACUCACCCGCUCCGGAGCUGGAAGCCAGGACGCAGCUACUCAGCUACCUGUUGAGCCUGUCAGGUAGGGGCGGGGCAGCCAGCCAGCCCCUCCCAGGCCCCGCCCCCAGGCCAAUCCAGAGCAGCCCCCAAUCACCCCUAACGCCUGCCCAGCGGAGCCCCAGGAAGUGGAAGAAGCCAGCGGUGAGCACAUGGCCAGAUGCCUCCAAUCUGAGGGAGGAGAGAGGACCCCUCCCCCGGCCCCCCCGACAUGGAAAUGCAGGUCUGUUGCUUGUCUCUGGCAGAAUUCAGGGGUCUCCGCCUCGAGCGUUGCAUCUGCAUCUUUCCGUCCACCUGCGCGCAGAGAGCCCGCCACAUGACUGCGUGCAGGGGACUGGACUCGAAGCCGGGAAAGAGCCGCAGGGCCGAGGAGCGCCCCCUGGAGGCGGGACGGGGGCGCGGGCUACGCCCCCUCCCUGCCCCGCCCUCCUCUGUCCGCGGAAGUGGGGACCAGCUGCGAGCAGCCCUGGGGCAGGUGACUCCGCGCCCGCGCCCGGGAAAGGCGACGGGCGCCUCCCGCGGCAGGAGUCCCUUCUCCGCGGCCUCUACCGCCCCCUGGGCUCUAGUCCCCACCUGGGCUUCUGAGAGUCUGACUCAACCGAGCCCGCAUCGUUUCACCUCCUACAACACACCCGGAGCGUGCGGAGAAAUUACAGGAUUGCAGGGGCACGGCUAAUGCGCUCUAAUUACCCACCGCCGCUCUCAUCGGCGGCGCUGGGCCAACGUGCCGUAAUUAGGCCGCCCCUCCCCGGUCCCGGAACCUGUCCCCCGUCCCUUGUCCUUUGGUCAGUUCCGCCCGCCGCCACCUCCUGCUGCCCUCCAGGAUUGCCCCUUGGUCACAGGAGAGAGCCAUGAGACCCAAACAAGGGUGAGGAGCAGGAAGGUGCAGGACUUGGGGACCGGCCCCUCUCCUCCCUUAAGCCUACAGUUUUUGAGAUCUCUGCUAGAAAGGACUAGGAGAGUGGGGAAGGCCAUGAAGGACCCUUUGGUUGACAGGGACAUUGAGGCCGACUGGAAAGUUAACUGUGGGGGGCAGGGGUGGAUAGGGCACCAGGGUGACAGGAUCCCAUUCUGCACAUGAGGCUCAGAAAAGUAAAGGUUCUUGGGGGACGCCCCCAGCCGGAACUUCCAGAUUAGCUCAUUUAAGGAGCCCAACAUGCUCGCUCGCUCCCUGGAAGGGGAAUUACCUUCCCUCGAAGAAAGAUGACAUCCCCAUGGCAAACAUGGAGUCCUGGCAGCUGACCAACUGUGGCCAGUUGGUCACAAGGGAGCUGGUGAGUGGCUCAAGUCCCCCAUCCCAGGGAGGGUGGGACGAGGCCCUGAAGACACAGGCCAGACCCAGUGGCCAGGACUAAAGGGGAGCAGCUUGGCUCUCAGGUUCUUUAUUCAAACCAAGCUCAAACCUCUCCUAUCAGACGUUCUUUCCUGAAGUCCAGGGGGGGUUGCAAAUGCUUGGCCUUUGGCCAAGUUUAAUCUUUAGUGAGGUUUUUGUUUGGCCUUCAGGGAGCAUGUGGUUUUUAUAUUCAAUGUGAGAGCCCACGGAUACUGCGGGCUGCCCUCCCGUCAUCGGCAAAGGCCGGUAUGGCCAAACUAGGUCCCCAAAGGCAUUUGAGUUUGAGACGUGAUCUAGACCAGCCCACCUGACCUGCACUGUUAUCUUUUCCCUCACCUUCUAGAAGCUCAGUCUGCUCUGUUGCACCUUUGUAGUUUGUGUGUGUCGCUCAGUAGCUGUACCAAAGUGUUUCCCCGAGCUCCUCUUUAGGCUCCCCAGAUGUGGUGGCAGUGGUGGCUGCAUAUACUUCUGCGAACCCCUCUGGCACCCACUUUUUUCAUCUUGAGAAUCAAGCUGUGCCUUGGGUAGCCACCAUAUCUUUUCCAACAGGGAUAACAGGUAUUUUUCCGCCGUAAGACUAGAGGUUCCUUGAGGGCAGGAUAUUGGAUCUCUCCUUUCAGACUGGGUUCUCACUGAGGGCUAUGGCAGUGGGGUGUGGGGGUUGUAUCAUAGGUAGCUCCCUGAGAAGAGCAGUGCCUCCCCCUCAGACUGGGGCUCCCUGAGGCAGGUCUGUGUCUUCCCUCCCCCCCAUCAGACUGGGCUCCCUGAGGAGGGCCAUGUCUCCCCUCAGACUGGGGCUCCCUAAGGGCAGAGCAGUGUCUCCUCCCUCAGACUUGGGUCCCUGAGACAGGGCUGUGUCUCCCCCUCAGUCUGGAGCUCCUUGAAGGCACUGGAUUCUCCCCUCAGAUGGAGCCUUUGCACCCCACCCCACCCCCCUGGCUCUCAGCUGUGCCCAGGCGUUCCUCCCAGGACGCUGUCAUGCUUUGAUGAAUGAAACCUACUAAGAAUAACUCAG